CCCCUUCCUUCCUUCCUUUUUCUUUCUUUCUUUCUUUCGUUCUUUCUUUCAUUCUUUCUCAUCAUCCCCUCCUGUGUCUUUCUCAUUUAUUCAAAAAAAAUGUAUGGAGCACCUACUACAUGGCAAGCUCUGUCCUAAGUCCUGGAGAUCAAGUGGUCCAUCUGCUUCUGGAACUCUCUGCCCUUGGCUCCCUGCUUCUAUUUCUCCUCAGGACGAGAGCCUCCUCCUUGCCCUCUGUCUCUGCACCCUCUGUCUCUCCUUUCUGCUCCUUGCAGCGCCCUGUGUGUCUGUCUCUCACGGUUCUGCCUCGCGGUACCCGGAUCAAGUCUCUCCCCCCCCUCCUUUCUCCCCCCAAACUUUGGCCGGCCGCCGGGCGACACCACGAGUUAUUUCCCUGCUAUUUCCCGACCCGGAGCUCCUGGCCCCCGAACAACUGGUUUCCUCUUGGAGUCUGGGAGGAGCGGAGCGGAGCCGGCAGAGAACCAGCCAGGACCAGGGUAGUGGCGAGGGCAGGGGUGCCCGGCCCGGGACGAGCACUGGGGUGGGAGCCAAUCUGAGAGUCUGGAGUAGGGAGCGCCCCGAAGGAGGCCAUAGAGCGAGCAAGCUGCCCCGGGAGCCAGGAGGGGGACCACAAGAGGACCUCGGCGUCCGGGCUCCCCGUGCCAGCGCCAUGAGGCCGCUCCUCAUCCUGCUGCUCCUGGGCCUGGCGGCCGGCUCCCCCCCGCUGGACGACAACAAGAUCCCCAGCCUGUGCCCGGGACACCCCGGCCUUCCAGGCACGCCAGGCCACCAUGGCAGCCAGGGCCUGCCCGGCCGCGACGGCCGUGACGGCCGCGACGGAGCGCCCGGAGCUCCGGGCGAGAAAGGCGAGGGCGGGCUGCCGGGGCUGCCGGGGCCCCGUGGGGAGCCCGGGCCGCGAGGAGAGGCGGGGCCGGCGGGGGCGACCGGGCCUGUCGGGGAGUGCUCGGUGCCCCCGCGCUCCGCCUUCAGCGCCAAGCGCUCUGAGAGCCGGGUGCCUCCGCUGUCGGACGCGCCGCUGCCCUUCGACCGCGUGCUGGUGAACGAGCAGGGACAUUACGACGCCGUCACCGGCAAGUUCACCUGCCAGGUGCCCGGGAUCUACUACUUCGCGGUCCACGCCACCGUCUACCGGGCCAGCCUGCAGUUCGACCUGGUGAAGAAUGGUGAAUCCAUUGCCUCUUUCUUCCAGUUUUUCGGGGGGUGGCCCAAGCCGGCCUCACUCUCAGGGGGAGCCAUGGUGAGGCUGGAGCCCGAGGACCAGGUGUGGGUGCAGGUGGGCGUGGGUGAUUACAUUGGCAUCUAUGCCAGCAUCAAGACAGACAGCACCUUCUCUGGGUUUCUGGUGUACUCUGACUGGCACAGCUCCCCAGUCUUCGCUUGAUGCCUACUGGGAAGUGAGCUCACCCAGUGUUACUCCUGCAGGAGGCCGCUGUGACAAUGACAGCCACAUCAUCUGGGAGGGCUGGCCCCCCGGAAUGUUGUGAACAAGCAGAGAAGUGGGGAGGGGGGCUCUGCAUCCUACUGCAGGCAGGGCACGGGGACAGAGGUGGUCUGAGAUCUGGCUGGCAGGAAAGGGCAGGGGCUGGAUUUCUGCCCGAGACCAAAGGGGUGUGCUGUGCCGGCAGGUGGGCAGGUGUGGGUGUGCUCUGGCCCAGGACCCCAAGGUGGGGUGCUCUCCUCUUUGUCCUCUGCUUCUCUGCCCCCUCCCCCACCCAGUCCAUCCCUCCUGCUCCCAGGGCCUACCCUUUUCUCAGAGAUCAUUCAAUAAAUCUACAAAACCCCC